CAGAGCAGCCAGUGAGUGAAGACAUCAGCAGGCCCACCCUCGCCAGGCAGGAGGAGAAGAGGGGAGGGGAAACCGCGCAGGAAGGGGGGGUGUGAGAAGAGUCAGAUGCCAGGCCUGAAGCUACAGCCAAAGUGACUGACUGCUGGCUGCUUCUUCAGCUGGGAGGACCAGGGAGUCUGGGUGCAUGACCUUCUCCUUUCCCUGAGACCCAACAGUCUGGGUUAUCUGUGUCUUUACCCCAUAAGUAGAAAGCCAGAGCUGUGUCCAUGGAGCCCUGCCGGUCCCUGGCUCUGCUUGCUGGCCUCCUGGGCCUGACUUCUUCUCUGAUUGCUCUGAGCACUGACUUCUGGAUAGUGGCCACAGGCCCCAACUCCUCUUCCCACAGCGGCCUCUGGCCGAGGACACAUGAGAUCCAGGUAGCAGGUUAUAUCCAUGUGACACAGAGCUUCUGUAUCCUGGCUGCCCUGUGGAGCCUGGUGUCCGUGGGCUUCCUGAUUUUGUCUUACAGUCCAGCCCUAUCCCUCCCAGGCCGUGGCCCUCUGGUGUCAACUGUCAUGGCUUUUGCUGCAGCUCUCUCCAUCAUAGUGGCCAUGGCGGUGUACACCAGUAAUAGAUGGAGCCAGACUCCAUUUCCGCAGGUCCAGACAUUCUUCUCAUGGUCCUUUUACCUGGGCUGGGCCUCCUCUAUCCUGUUCCUCUGUGCAGGCUGCCUGAGCCUGGGUGCUCACUGCAAAACCCCCCGGGCUGGGUACGAAACCUUAUGAACAGAAGGCAAGCCAGCAGGGUCAGCAGGAUGCCUGGAGCCUGGUCCUCACAGGAGCCACAGAGAAAAUGCAGAACUCUGGCUCUGUCCCUCCCACCUUGCCUUACCCUUCAUUGCUUUCUUCACACAUUCAAUAAAAACAUACGGAGAUCUAAUUGUUCCAAGAUCAAUUCAGUCAGAAAAUAAGCCAAGCCAGGCCUAUCUCCCAGUUGCUGUGGAGGCUGGAACAAGGGUGUCACAACUUCCAAGCCUGUUUGGGCUACAGUUCAAGAGUUCAAGGCUGGCCUGGGUGACUUCCUGAAAUCCUGCCUCAAGGCGAAAACUAAAACAGGGGCAGAGAUUGUGGCUCAAUGGAAGAGAUUUGCUGAGCAUGAAUGAGGUCCGAGUUCUUUCCCCAGCACCUAGGUCAACCAUGCUUUGGGUGGGUCUCAGGAGAGGAAGAGCCAUCAGCUGCCCACCAGAAGUGGGUUCUGCCCUGUGUGGACAUAAUUUUCCUGUGUUUCUCUCCCAUCUUCAA